AUGAGUGAUACUGCAAACGACUUGACUGACGAAGAGGUGGGGUUCAUGGACAAAGCAUUCUCCUACGCUUACGAAGCGUUGGCAGAAAAAGAAGUGCCAGUCGGUUGUAUUUUGGUGUACAACAACGAAAUACGUGGCGUUGGUCGCAACACCGUCAAUGAAACAAAAAAUGCCACAAGGCACGCCGAACUAAACUGCAUAGAUCAAUUAUACGAAUAUUGCACUUCUAACAGUCUGGACCACAAAAAGGUGUUUUCAGAGACUUCUGUAUAUGUAACAGUAGAGCCUUGUAUAAUGUGUGCUGCAGCCCUGUAUGAUUUGGGCAUCAAAAACGUGGUUUAUGGAUGCAAAAAUGAUCGAUUUGGUGGACAAACGGUUUUUAAUGUGGCUCAGGUUUUAAACACAAGGACGGUUGUUAAAGGGGGCCACAGAAGUGAAGAGGCACUUAAUUUGUUGAAAGAAUUUUAUGAUGGUGUUAAUCCAAACGCCCCACCUUCAAAAGUCAAAGUUAGGGGGAAGAAAUGUUAAUUUUAUAAUACUUUAUACUUUUUAUAUUUUUAUAAAAACAAAUCGUCUUUUUAUUUUUCUGUUAAUAUUUAAAAUAAUUCAUUUUUAUUUUUUAUACUUAUUUUUUAUGUCAUUAUAUUAUGUUAUCUUUUUGAAGUAAAUAUUUUAAUUAUUUAA